AUGUCCCGCGAGCGUGAGCCCCGUCACCGCACUGGUGGAUCUUCAGCGUCCGGGCGUGCUCCACGCGGUGUCUGCAAUGGAGAGAAGCGUCUGGAGUGUCCAGUGUGCGAGAAGCAGUUCGCCUCAAGAAGUAAACUAGAAAGGCACCUUCGGACCCACACCGGGGAGAAGCCUUUCGAGUGCUCGGUGUGCCAGGAGAAGUUCACUCAAAGUGCAUCUCUCAGAAGGCAUCUUCGGACCCACACUGGGGAGAAGCCUUUCGAGUGCACAGUUUGCAAGAAGAGCUUCAAUGAAUGUGGAAGUCUCAGAAAGCACCUUCGCACCCACACCGGGGAGAAGCCAUUUGAGUGCACAGUUUGCCAGAAGAAGUUCGCUCAAAGUGGAGAUCUCAGAACACACCUCCGCAUCCACACCGGGGAGAAGCCUUUCGAGUGCACAGUUUGCAAGAAGAAGUUCGCUCAAAGUGGACACCUUAGAGGACACCUCCGCUUUCCACACCGGGGAGAAGCCUCUCGAGUGCACAGUUUGCAAGAAGAAGUUCGUUCGUAG